CCUCUCAGUCCCUCCCGGUCGCUCAGCUGUGCAUCACAUGUCGGGUGGCGCGAGUCCUUCUACCGCACGGAUCACUGUUAAACGUACGUACGCGAUCCGUCGUCUACCUUCGGUUUACCGUCUAUCAUCGGCGCGCGUCAGCCCCGUAUUAUUAUGCUGUCAGCCAACGUGUCCACGUCAACGCAUCGUCACGAAUCGAUCACGAAGUGCCUCGAAUAUGCGGACGGCGUGACGAACGCGGGUGACGGUGCACGCCGCUUUGUUGAUACGCUGAGUUCUGUGUUCAGGCCGCGGAGGCCGCCGCGUCUCACCAGCGUCUAAAGAGCCUCGCGACUCCUUUUCCCCUCCCCGCGCGAAUUUAAACUGCCACCGCCGCCGGUGGCAGGCAUACACCCGUGUGAUUAGUGCGUGACGAAAAGUUGGACGGUACGAUGACCUAAAGCGGGAUAGAAGGCGAGAGAGCGAGAGGGAGAAAGAGAGAGCGAUAAAGCGAGUGUUCUCUUGGGAUUUAAAACGUGCUGGUCGAGUGUGACAUCCUCACCGCUCGCUCGUGAGAACCGGUGUCUUUUCGAGAGUGCACGUGUUAUCCUCGCACUCCGAAAUUUCGAACUUUCGCAUCGUCCUUACACAUGUGUCCACGCAUCCGGUGUAACUCUAUGGAUCCGCGAGUGUAUCGUGCUCCUCGUGUCGGCGUCGUGAAUCGACAUCCCUUCGAACAUUGUUGAACGGAGAGUGCUCUCCGUGUCUGCCGAAGAGGAUAUACGGAAGGUGUAUGUACGCCACGUGCGAUAGGACACUCCGCGCGAGAGCAAACACGAUCGAUCCGUCUAUCGAUUAUCGCGAUUACACGCGAGAGCAGCGCGUAUAAUACACACGUGACACACAGAUACCCCGACCGAGUGAUAUCGCGUCAUCGGCAGAAGCUGCGAAUAAUGUCGACGGGCAAGAGGCUGGCGAAGCGCAGCAUAAUCGGCACCAGGGUGUGCGCUCCCGGCGAGGAUGGCAAGUAUUAUAGCGGCGCCAUUUACGCCGUGAAGACGCCGCAAACAGCCUCCGCCGAGUCGCCGCCGCCGGGCCAGAGCGUCACGCCGAAGACCCUCUAUUCCGUGCGCUUCGACGCCGUGCAGGGCGGCUGCCCGCCGAGUCCCAGCACCGAGUAUUCCGAUCGCGACCUCAUCGGUCCCGGCUUCGGCUCCGUCACCAGCGCCCGGCUUGUACCCGGUCAGAAGGUGUAUCUGACGUACAACGGUCGGGAGAUCCACGCGGAGGUCACGGAACAUCGCCAGCACCUCGACGAAGUUGACGUGGUCAUUGCCCCGAACGGACAGGAGGCGUAUCAUCGCGAGAUGUACAAACAACGCUACAUGGACGGAAGUGUAAGGAAGCGGCGACAGAUGCACGAGUUUAAACAAGGAGCGAAGGGCACUAUGAGUCUAACCAAACGUAUAGACGAGAUCAGGUUGCUCGAAUCACGUAAGAGUGCCCGGCUGGCUGAUCAAGCUACGGAUUUUGCCAAACUCGCCGAUAUGGCUGGCGAUCGUAAGCGGGCGUCCUCCCACUCCAUCGACGUGCCACACGUGAUGGCAUCCAGGAAACGACGACCGAGCUCGAACAAUGAUUCCGAACGGAUGUACAGCGGUUGGGGCGAGAGGGUCUGCGGACGUGAGGGUUGUCGCACCAACGAACGCGGUGAUUGCAUGGACGAAUGCGCCGCCGCCCUGGUCCUUAUGUCACUCUCGUGUUCACCUCGCAGCCCUCACAAUCCCCCGCCACUUCACUGCCAAUACAAUGAUGGUUCCUGGGGGAGUCGUGGAGGCAGAGGUGGUAGUAUGGUCGCCGAUUCGCCUGACGUCGGCGGUAUGUCAAACAGCAGUAGCAGUAGCGGGGCUUCCUGGCGAAGUGGUACCCCCAGUCCACCCCUCAGCGAAGAGGAUGUGCCAACCAGGAGUUCACCGUGUCCGGCGACCUCGCAUCCCUCGCACAAUCAACCCCACUAUCCCUACAAUGCGUCCGGCUCGUCGUCGAGCAGCACUCCUGGCUCGUCUACGUUAGACGAGGGUAUAGUGCCCGACUAUAUCGAGGAGCAGCACCCACGUAAGAAGAUUCGAGCGAAAGUAAACCAGGACCCGAUCGAGACGGAACCAGGCGCUUGCGCGACUUUCGAAAGCGAACAGGCGAAUGCGGCAGUGGUCUUUAAGUGCACUUGGCCAGGCUGCUUGGAAAUCAAAGCGACCGUUGCGCUCAUUGAAGAACAUGUGCGCCAGUCACAUCUGGGUCCAAAAAAGUCAAAGGGAUGUGACAGCGAAGAUGAUAUGUCCGUUCACGAGGAGGAAUUUUAUUACCAAGAAGUUGCUGUGGAUCAUAUGAGCUCGCCUCCCACAAUGUCUCAUCGGGACAUGGCGAGACCGCCACACGAGGAUCCAGAAUAUCAGAAACAGCUUCGUCUUGAGGCGGCUCCUACCACGAGUAGCUAUAUCGAGAACGUGAUAGUUGGUGUCAGGGAACCAAACAACGCGUUUACGAUCUCACAAUCACCGGGUACGCCCAACAAGCACAUCAAACUGUCCCCACGACCAUUGCAAGCGUGUCACCAACAAAAUAUAACAACGUCCACGGGUAAACCGUCCUCCCCGCGGCGAACGCGCAGCGAUGUUAAAAAAUGUCGCAAAAUUUACGGUAUGGAUGCACGCGAUCUUUGGUGCACUCAGUGUAGGUGGAAGAAAGCCUGCACCCGUUUUUGCAGCGAAUAGGCCAAGCGUCCGCCCCGUUCGUACGUCCGUGGGCGGAAACCUUUGUCAAGUCGACCUCAGAGUUUGCCAAUGCUACGUUGAACAUUAAUACCAACUGCCAAAUGCCAAUCAUCGUAAAAGAAAGUGAAGCGUUGAAAAGACUUCCACGAUUUGGAACACGAGACCACCUCGUUAUUGCCGGUUGUAGCGAAAACGUUAUAUUCUAUGGGAUAUUAUUUCAUCAAUACCACAGAAAGCAAAGCGCAUAAAACCAGCACCUCUUCUUCUUAUUUUCCAUUUUGGUUUCCGUCGCCGAGAUGACAGGCACGCGUUUUCGAUGACAAACGUCAUUCUACAAUGACGGCUGGCGGGUGAUUUAAAGGAUCGUUAUUCGUGCGUGAUAUAUCUUUCUCAAUUUAAUCAACUCAUAAAAGAAGUUCACGAUGAAAGAUUUAUCUGAACGAUUUCUGCUCGUAUUUUGCACUUGGCAAACUCCGAUCGAAUCCCUUAAUCGUAACAAGGGAUUUUUCGAUUAAUAGGUAGCGAAUAAUUGGCGUGCGGAGCGAGGCAAUUUUAAACUGUUGCAUUCUUUGCGUUUUCAGAAGAGAGCGCGAAAUACGACCUCGCUUCCAACUCCGCCUGAUAAAGAGAACCUUUUGGUUCGGUACGUAUUCUACAAGAUACGAACUCAAAUUGAACAUGCUCUUCGAAGUAUCGGUUCCCGAAUCGUUUCUUAGAUCAUUGCGAUAGAUCUUCCUUCUUCCGUUAGAAGCGCAACCGUGACGCGCUUUCGGUAAUGACGGAACUAAAGGCGUUAUAUCAAGCCUCAGGGACGUCGAUUCUUGAGGAACAAGCGAUCGAAUCUAAUGAAUGAAGAAAAGACCAGCUAAUCGAUGUUUGGUCUAACCGUUCAAUGGUAAACGAAGACGAGCAAGUUAAAGAGUCUUGCGUGAAAAAAAAUAGAGCUACUAAUUGUGAUAUUGUAUCUAAAUUUACCGGAUCUGUGCCGCGAAUCGAACAGGAAAGCGCAAAGAUGGGUAAAGGCGUGAAGAAAUGAGAAAAAAAAGAGAAACCAAAAUUUUAUACACCAAUUAUACUGCCAGAUAAAUAAUUCAAAAAUUGUUGUUCAAACCUCUCUUACACGCUAGAGAGGCAUUAUAUGUUGCACGGCAUGCGUUGCCGUAUACCGGGCUUAGCCUUGUUAGCCUUCUGACGACCUAAGAUCGUGUUCGCCAACAAAGGAGCUGCAUGCGCAUAUUGGGGUAGGCUACGCAGUUGAAUCGAUCGAUCUAUUAAGAUGUAGUGAAGGUCUCGCUCUAGAUGACACACACACACACACACACACACACACACACACACACACACACACACACACACACACACACACACACACACACACACACACACACAUACACAUAUAUAUAAAUUGCGCGUGCAAAGAACGAUAUAUUCGUAUAGAAUCUAAUACAUCAUUUCUUAUACUCCUUUCUCGCUUUGAGCCGUUCGCGGAACGAUUUAUUUAUUUGAAUCGAUUACUUUGAAAUAUAUUUGAUCUCGAUAAUAUUUCUAAUAUAAUAAUAUGCAAGAGACACUCGCAAAUUUUAUAUAUUGACGAAUUUGACGAAGCAAUUUUUACAAAUAAAUAAUAUGCUCUAAAAGAAUUCAACGUCGCUUAAAGAUUCUUCUUUACAGCUAUAUUGGAUUAUAAUGUCAGAAAUGAAAAUUCAUAUGAAUCUUUUGCUUUUGUAUCAUAUAAAAAGAUAUUUCUUCGUGUGUCACAAGUCAUAUUCACGUAUACAGUGCAAUGGAUUUAUUAGAAAUUCUUUUUGUAUUUAUUUCUCGUUGGUAAAUCAAUUAUUUAAUUUACACAUGCCCUGCAUUUUUAACAAAAAUGAAUAUAACAAUAAAUAAUGAUUUAUAGUCAUUUGUAUGUUAAUGAUAUGCGAGAAAAUUAAUUUGUGUCAUACAGUACGAGAUAAAAUUCAUUACUUAUUCAAUUAUAAUUAUAUAUCAAAUUAUAAUUAUAUUCAUAUUUCUAAUUACAUAGCUACAUAAAGUUAAUAUAUUAUUUAUAUAUAGUUAUUUAUAUAGUUAUUAUAUUAUUUAUUGACAGCAUAUAUGAAAAAGCUAAUUUAUUUCAACAUCACUUAUUUCAACAGUACGACGUAAUAUUUAUAUAAUUUUUUAUUUCUGACAUUAUAUCCUAAUACAGUUGCAAAAUAAAAAGUCGAAAUUCUUAAGGUUUUAAUGCAAUAAAUGACAGAAGUAUUUCAUAUUUGACGGAAGAAAAUCGGUGAGACGUCGCAUUAAAUACCAUAUUAAAUGGUAAAAAAUAAUAAAAAAAGCGACACACACACUCGCCACAAUAAAAGUUUCUUCCAAUUUCUCGAACGAUGUUUAUACUUUAGUAUAAUUAUCUUGUAUAUUAUGUGUAUUAUCUUGUAUAUUUCAACCCUCGUUUUAUAUAAUUAUUAUAUAAUUAUUAAUUAACUUAAUGUGGUAAGGAUUAGUAUAUUAAUAUUGUUUAUUAAUGAUAAUGUCACGGAUUUAGAUUUUAUCAGCAUAAUGAAAUGUCAAUUCUAUUGACAAAAUGUACUCAAAUUAUAAUUGUAAUUAUAAUUUGAGAGUAUAACUCAAAAAGAAACGAAUAAUUCUCGUAAAGGUAUCGGCACCUUUGUGUUCAAAAUCAUAAGUAUCGCGUUGUCAGUAUUUCUCGAUGUUUUAUCAAUAUUAUUGUAUCUAUAUUUAAAAAACAAUUGCUUUGAAGUUAUUUUGAAAAUUAUCAAUAACAAUGAUUGCGUUAUUUAACAUGUAAUGUUGUCGUCGCACAGAGAAAUUUAAUUUUUGCCUCUCUAAAUUUGAUGCUGUGCAUUAUAAGACACAUUGAUUAUAUCGAAUUGUCUCUCGAAUCUUAUUGCGUUUUAGAAUUUAUGAAAUAGUAUUUACAAUUGAGAAUUAUUACAGCGGGUUACGCGAGCACUAAUGCACUGUUGCAAAUGCUGAACAUAUAUUAAAAAUUUUUACACAGAUAGCAUGACAUUCACAAUGAUUAUAGAGAAUCAUAUAAUAUAUAAAAUACUCGCGAAAUAAAACGUUAACAUACAAGUACAGAUAGCAUAGAAAGUAAUUGCCGUCCAUGUAGGUUCCCUCCUGCGAUCAAAAUUGUUACGCUCGAUCAUGUCGACAUAGUCUUACCAAGGACAAUAUCUAAACGGAAACUGCUAAAAAGAGAAGAGUGAUACUAUCAUUUAAUACUUAGUUAUUAGCAUAAUUUUUCCGUCGUGGUUUUACUCUGUGCAAUCUGUACGCGUGUAAUACAUAUAACGUUAAAAAAGUGCGGCGGUAACAUUAAAGUUUAUAAUGUUGAAGAGAAAUUGUUGCUAAAGUUCUAUGUUUUACAGCUUCUACUGUAAAACAUUUUUUUAAAGAUAUUGUUUUUAAAAAAUUUUUUGAAGUUCUGUAUACAACAUUUUCUCGUUGACAGAAAUAUUUGUUGAGAUAUUUCUAAUCCUUUAAACUUCAUAAUUUCUGUAUUUAUUUUUAUUCGCAUCUUUGAUUGUACAUUUAGAGUCAUGUAUAUCUUUAUGUCUGAUGUUAAGCAUGUCUCAAUUAAAUGCAUUAUAUGCAGUGAUUCAGAAUUGUGCCUGAUAGUCUGGCAGUUACAAAAUAUCUGACGCUUGCAUAUAUAUAUAUAUAUGAAAGAUUAAGCUAUCUCUAACAUUAAAAAAUAAAUACCGAAUUACAUAAUAUUAAAUUAAUUGAAGUAAAGAGAUAAUUUUAGAUUUUUUAAAUCAAUAAUCACACGUAAUAUGUACAAAUAUUCAAAUACAUACGAUGUAUGGAAGUUUAAAAAUGCCGGAACUUUAGAUGCGAAGGCAUAUAUGACACUGAAUGUACUAUAUUGACGGUUGUGUAGAUAAAACAUUAAAGCGAGAAUCAAUCGCCAAUUUAAAUCAUUGAUGAAAUGACAAAUAAUAAGAAUUAUAUCGUCUAAUAUAUUUCGUGGUAAUAAUAACAGUCUUUUAGCUGAUCAUUUAAGCCUCCAUCUUGGGGUAAAAAUGCGGUAUAAUGCGAAAUUGCUACGCGAAUUUAUAUCUGUCAUACAUUUGGCAAUAAAUUACCAAUGAUUCUCGGAGAAGUUCGUAUAUAAUUUAUUGCUGAUCCCCGUGCACAAUGAUAACUCGAGCCGACAUAGCUAGCCAUGCUAGGAACUCUCGACGGGUCGCGUUGAAGAGAAUUUUGGCGGAUACUUUAUGUGGGAUGGCACUUUACGAAUGUAAACAAAAGUACAAGUUCUUAUUAACUGUGCCAUUACGUAUGCCAAAUAUUCUCUAAUAAAAAAAAAACGAGCGAGAAAGGACAAACGCUAUACGAGAAGACAGGAAAUCUUACGAGCGAUAUAAGUGAAAUAAUGGAGGAGCAGUGGAAUAUACACAAAGUUUAAAACAUUUGUAACGAAAGCUUUACAGACUUAAAGAUACCUCAGGUUUAUUUCAUACGAAUACGUAUCAACAUACAUACGUUGUUUUGUUCGAAGCGAUUGAUCGAUUUGUAUUGCUCUAACGCUCGAUCAGCAAAAAUAUCGCUGUUAAUCCAUCGCUUCGAUCUGGACAACUGACUGAUUGAACGUUACAAAGUAUAAUAUGUAUUCUUCUUGCAAUGUUAAUAUCAAUAUUAUUUAGUUAAAUCUCCUCCCGUCGCAGCGGCUUCACGCACUGUAUAAUAUACAUAGAAUCGCAUUUAAUCGGCAGCCUGAAGAUUUUCGAGAUCGCGCGUCGUCGUCCUAUUAUCACGCACAGCCUAAGCUUAGAUAUUCCCCGUCAGCGAUAAGCAACAAAGAUCCCCCCGUCAUCCGAGAUGUAUGUUCCAUCAUUGCUCUCGGACGUCGAGCGUUGUGUACGAAAUAUUUGCAAAUAUCUGAUAAUAACAGAAAUAGGCUCAAAGUACUAACGAUACUAGAUGAGGAAGCGCAAACUCACUUUAUUUUUAUUUUUUUUUUUUUUUGAAAGUGGAAUAACUACCCUAUUGGCACUGCCUAUAGGAUUAUGUGGAGUUUGCACUCGUUAAAUCACCUCCAAUUCAGGUGUGUUGGAAGAACCUUAAGGACUACCGUGGCAUAUCGUUAGUAUCAUUUGCAAAUAUCUCUUAUCAUCGCCAAUUCUCCGCGUUAAACCGAUCACGUUCACGCUCGUGGGUGAGGGGGAGAGAAGAGAACCGCCGCUACCUUAUUGAGUUGUGAAUUGAACGCAUCUCAUUUGAAGCCAGCUACUGCACAUAUAGUAUAUAUGCGUUCGCGGUAAUCGUCAUUUUCGGAAAUUCACAUUAUAAUCGGACUUUCGAUCGAUUCGACGGGCGGGCCAGUUAAGCGAGCGAUCGGGAGGUUUGGUAGUCCCGUUAUUCGCGGGGCCCCAUCCGAACACGACGAUCGCUCCAAGGGGUUAAUGUCGGAGCUCUGUCCCAGCACGUUCGCCGAGAUACCGAAAGAAGGAGAAGUGUUUCGCGGAUUAAAAGCUAAUGGCCGGGAUUAUCAUACCAAAACGAUCUCAUAUCGAUUUAAUGAACUGUAAUUUUCAUCAGUACGCGGCCGAGCCAUAUAUGUAAAUCGCGCUCCAGGAACGAGCGGCAACCGUCGUCUGUAUCCCAGAUUGUAUCGCGACGAAAAUGUUGUUAAUAACGCGAACGAUAGAAUCUGUGAUACGCGACACAGGGAAGAAUGAUGUUUAAAUGAAAAGUGAUUUUUUUUUUUUUUCAAGCAUAAAGUUCAUUUGCUUUGGAUCGUUUGCGCUCGGCCGACCGUACAACGUAAAGACACAUAUUAUUUUAUUAUAAUAUUAUAUUAUAUAUUAUUAUAUAUUAUAUAUUAUAUAUUAUAUUACAUAUGAUUACAUUAUUAUAUAUAUUAUUAUCAUUAUUAACUUUUAUUAAUUAUUAUUAUUGCAUUCAUCGUCGUCGUCAUUUUAACUCUUAACACUAUUAUGUAUUAGCGUCACUCAUAGUACGUUAAGUAAUACUGUUAAAGCGCGAAAUCUUUGUUAAUAUUAUUACGUUAGGUGAAUCGUUAAUAUUACCCUGCGUUAAGAGGGUGUUUCAAGAGAAGGAUCGCGCGCGUUCGAAGUGAUUCAAAAACAUCGAGCAGACCAUGAGAUCAGAACAAUCUCGCAAGACGUGCAACAUGCGACUCUAUCAUUCUUAUAUCUGUAUAUCGCUGCAAACAAGCUUCUAUUUAUCAAUAAUGCGUAUAGUUAUAAAUGCUGUGAUUAUGUCGCAUUAUUUGACACUCUCGAUUAUUCUGACUGAAAAAAUUACGAUGCAACGUUAAUUACAUUUGAGUGUAAAUCUUAUGGUUAAGACAUCGUAAUAAAGAUAUCUAACAAAAUCGUA